CCUUAACCCGGGGGCCGCCUAGACCGUCACAACUGCCGGCCGAGGUCCAAUCGGCCAGCAAGCAUGUAGAAAUGCCAUACAUACCUAAUACAGGAGAUUGCGGUUCCUAGCUUUGCGACUUUAAUUAACUAUAUACAACUCUAAACUAGAAGCCCACUAUUUAUUGCCUGCACGCCUGUCUUGAUUCUGCAGUCUGAUUGUCGUCCAUUCGCCGCUUAGACGCAUUUAAGUAUUGCGUUUCGCAGCAAAGAGCUGCAACAGACAGCUUUGCCUCGGUCUGAUUCAAUCUCCUGGAAAGUGUCAAGGUUCACGCAUUCUCAGUUGUUAGAAACCUAUAGAGACAAACCAGUUCCCGUCAGCAAUCAUGGCUUCUUCAUUUCACACCAAGGAACAUGUCAUAGAAGCACAACAUAUUAGGGAAUACCCCCGAGCGACGGCAAACUCACAAGAAGAUGUUCUGCAGAUUGCCGUCAAGCAAUACAUCCCUAAGAACAACCCCAACCCGCAACCAGGGGACGUCACCAUCAUCGGUGCUCAUGCCAAUGGCUUUCCCAAGGAACUGUAUGAGGCGCUAUGGGAGGAGCUCCUCACAAAAUGUACAGUCCACGGCUUCAAGAUCCGCUCGAUAUGGAUCACAGACGUGGCAUGGCAAGGCCAGAGCGGCAUCCUGAACGAGGGCAAGCUCGGCAAUGACCCAUCCUGGGCCGACGCCGAGCGCGAUCUCCUGCACAUGGUAAACCACUUCCGGGACUCCAUGCCCCGGCCGCUAGUCGGCAUCGGCCACUCCUUCGGCGGCGCCAUCAUCACCGGCCUGUCGCUGCUCCACCCGCGGCUGCUGCAGAGCAUCGUCCUCCUUGACCCCGUCAUCGGUGUCUUCAGCAGCGCGUCGGGCGCCACCAUGCCCAUGACGCUGUCCUCCUCCCGGCGCGACCUCUGGCCCUCGCGCGCCGCCGCCGCAGCCGCCUUCGCCAAGAGCCCAUUUUACCGGGCCUGGGACCCGCGCGUGCUGGAUGCGUGGGUGCAGCACGGCCUGCGCGACUGCCCCACCGCCUUGUACCCGGACGCGCCUGCCGGCUCCGUCACGCUUGCCACCACCAAGCACCAGGAGUGCUUCACCUACUUCCGCACCAAGGCGCAGCGGCUGGCCGAGGACGGCACGACGCUGGUGCUGGACGAGUCGCGGCUGCGGGACCUGCCGCUCGAGAGGCGCGGCGAUGCAGACCAGGGCCCGUUUUACCAGCCCGGCAGCUCGCGCAUCUACGACAUGCUGCCGAACGUCGCCCCGAGCCUACUUUACGUGGUUGGCGGCACGAGCGACGUCAGCAGGCCCGAGGCGCGGCGCGACAAGCUGGCCAGGACGGGCGUCGGGUUGGGCGGCAGCGGUGGGGCCGCGGCCGGACGGGUGGCCGAGUAUGUUAUCGAGGACGUCGGGCAUCUAGUGGCCAUGGACAGGCCGGGCGUCUGCGCGGAGCAGGCGGCGGCUUGGAUCGGGCCUGAGAUUGAACGCUGGAGGAAAGAGGAGUUGCGAGAGCUUGAGCCGUGGUGGCGCAAGCCCGGCCCGGAAAAGUGUACCAUGAAUGAGCAGCUAUUGUCUUUGAUCCCCAAGCCUGGGAACCCAAAGUUGUAAGAGAAGGAAGAAGUACAGCUUUCAGGCAUGCAUAUAGCGCUCGUAUAUAUGUGAUGGAUAAAUACUUUUUGCGGUGCGCUUUUGGCGCUGGGCAUAUUUAUUAGCUGAUCUUGGAUAUCUCAAACAGAUUCGCUCGCGGCCGUGUCAUCACAUAUCAUUCUCGUGGCUUGUUUCCACCGUCGCAAGUCUAGUAAAGCAUCAGGCUUCUUCGCUCCCACUGCCCCCGGCCUCUCCCUUUUGCUCCUGUCCUG